UCAGAGUAGAAGGGCUGGAGUUACUUGUUUCUAGAAGACAAAAUGAAUAACACCAACUGCAUUCAACCAGAUAAGAUUUUUUUUGAAAAUACACUUCAGCCUAUUCUUCACAUCUUGGUAUUUAUCGUCGGAGUGGUGCUGAAUGUUUGGGGAUUGAAGUCCUUGCUGCAUGACUGGAAGAAAGUCCGAAGUAUUAAUAUCCUUGUCCUCAACCUUGGACUAGCAGACAUGUUGUAUCUGCUCACCCUUCCCUUUCUGAUAGUGUACUACCUUAAAGGGGCUAAAUGGAUGUUUGGAGAAGCUUUCUGCAUGGUGACAAGAUUUUGCUUCAACCUGAAUUUGUACUGCAGCAUCGGAUUCCUCACGUGUAUAAGUGUUUACAGGUACCUGGCAAUCGUCUAUCCAAUUAGAGCAUUGGGGAAAUUAACUAUGACACAUACUGUGGUCAUCUCAGCCAUGGUGUGGAUUCUGGUGAGUGUUCAAAGUCUUCCGGACAUGACCUUUCCCAAAUCUUCAGUGAACAAGACUGAAGAAUGUUUUGAAACCACUGAUUGGGAACAUGCUGCGGGGUACCUGAACUACAGCCUCGGCUGGACAUUUAUGGGAUUCUGCAUCCCUUUCAUCAUCAUUUUGGGCUGCUACGUGCAUAUGACUGUGGUUAUCUGCCACUCACAUAUGAUGAAAAAGAACAAGAAACAACGAGUCUUAAAGCUGUUGGUUUCUUUGAUUCUUCUCUUCUCACUUUGUUUUGCACCCUACCAUGUGUUGAAGAACCUCAACCUGUAUUCCAGAGUUCUGAAGAAUCGGAAUAUAUGCAGCAAAUGGGAUUCAGCAAUCUUCGUUGCUCAUCAGGCAAGUCGUGGUCUCGUGAGCCUGAACAGCGCUCUCAACCCGCUGGUGUAUCUCCAUGUAAACAAGGACAUGGGUGUUCAGUUCAGGCAGCUGCUGCAGGAAUGUCAACAGAAGAUCAGCUGUUUGUUGUCAAAUUCCCACUCUUUGCCUGCAUCACAGACUGAGCAAGAAAUUGACAGUCCUUCUAUGACAGCAGAUGUUCUUUAACCAUGUCAGGAGUAAAAACUUUGUACAUUUUGAACAUUUUUGUACAAUUCUGUAUGCUGUGUAUUUUUUUAACCUUUUGACUCUUGUUGCCAUGAAAAAAAAUAAGCUAAACCAGUUUCACUGUCACUGCUGUACUGAAAUAACAGAUAAGCAUUAUAUAAGGCCAGAAUGAUGACACCCAGUUAAAUGUGCUGUCUCUUUUUAACCAAUUUUUAUUGACUUUAUUGUUAUUUUUUUUCUCAUCCGCAUAGUUUCAAAAUUAUAAAUACAUUGCCUUGAAAAUGU